AUGCCUCGAACGACAUUACCCCCGACUCCGGCUUCCUCAACCGACAUCAAAGGGAAGGAUGGAUCAAAGAUAGUGUCGCUUCAGACGUCGUUUGAACUGCCUCCUCCAGCUAUAGCUGCCAAACCGACAAACGCGGCAGCAUCUUCAUCCCAGACGGUAUUUCCAAUGCAAGCCAGCGAGACGGUCAAGUCAAGAAGGCGGACGGCUGCUGCUGCUAUUCAGCCUGCCCUAGCGAAGGAUGAGUUUGUCCUUCCGCCUCCCCCGACGAGGUCUCGCAAGAUCAUUCAGAUGAAGCCCAAGGAGGAGACGGCAGUGUCGACAACAUCGACGACAAGGACGGCUGCUGCAGCUGGCAGUUCCAAGUCCAACAACGCAGCCGGCAGUGCUACUACCACGACUACCACCACAACAACCACAGCCGGAACCAAGAGAAAACAACCCUCCUCCACGAGCGCCGCAGGGAGGAAAAUCGCAAGAAAAACAGCCCACAGCCUCAUCGAACGUAGAAGAAGAUCAAAAAUGAAUGAGGAGUUUGCCGUUCUCAAAAGCUUGAUCCCAGCUUGCACUGGGGAGAUGCACAAGCUGGCUAUUCUACAGGCCUCAAUCGAAUACGUCCGCUACCUCGAAGACUGCGUCAGCCAGCUCAAAGCCCAACGCAGCAACACAAAAUCUGAAUCAGAAGCAAACGCGCCCACCCCGACCACCAACACCCUCCCCUCCCCAGUUUUCGCACCGUAUAUCCCGUCAAGUUCCUCCCCCGAAGACGUGGAAAUGUCAGGGCAAUCUCCCUCAUCAUCUACCUCGGCGGCUCCAUCACCGGCGUUUACGCCUACUGUGUCGCACCCUCACUCGAGGUUGCCGUCUAUUUCUCCUGCUUUGCUGCCGCUGGAUCAAUCCCGGAAUCGGCACGGGUCUGUUUCUUCUGUUUCUACGGGCACGGAUCAUUAUAGGUCUGGGUCUUUCUCGCUUGGGGGGGGAGGGGGUAGUAGUGUCUAUGGGACUUCGUCGGCGAUGACGAGUCCAGCUUUUGGGCCGCAGCAGGGGGUUGGGUAUGGGUAUGGGGGUGGAGGGCUGGGUUCGCAGUUGACUAGUCCGGCGCUGGGGCCGAGGGAUCUGGAUCAGGAGGCUACGGCUGCGUUGUUGAUGUUGAAUCAGAUGAGGGGGAGGGGUGGGGGUGGGGGGAGUGGGAAUGGGAAUGGGAAUGGGAAUGGGGAGCAGAGGGGGCGGGGGAUGAGUGUAAGGGAUUUGUUGAGUACGUAG